GCUGGGUCCCUGUCACCCCCAGGAGGCUGCAGAUUGUCGGGGCCCCCCAGCCAUGCAGUGCGUCCGCAGGCAGCCCUCCCGCAGCAGGUCGGAGGAGCAGAUCCUCCAGGAAGGCAGAAAGAAGGAGUUCCGGCAGAACUGCUCCCAGCUGGGGCUGCAGGAAGACGAGGAUUUGACGUUCCUGUUGCAGGGCAGCCCGCUGUUCAAAGUGAAGUCGGUGUCAUGGAGGAAGGCGCGAUAUUACAAGCUGCAGGAGGACUGCAGGACCAUCUGGCACGACUCCAAGAAGGUCCUCCGAACCCCCGAUUCGCAGACAUUUUCCGUCGAUGACAUAGAAGAUAUCCGGCCCGGCCACCAGACGGAGGGGAUGAAGAGGAACGCCACGGACGUCCCCGCCGAGCGCUGCUUUUCCAUCAUCUUUAAAGGUCAGCGGAAGAACCUGGACUUAUUCGCCAUCACCCAGAAGGAGGCUUCUCACUGGGUGUCCGGCUUAAAUAAGAUCCUGACCAACACCAAAGCCAUGACCAAGAAACAGAAGCUCAAGCACUGGAUCCACACCUGCCUCCGAAAAUCCGAUAAAAACAAAGACAAUAAAAUGAGCUUAAAGGAGCUGAAAAACUUCCUGAAAGAAGUGAAUAUCCAGGCAGACGACAGCUACGCCGAGGCCAUAUUCCAGCAAUGUGAUAAAUCCAGGACCGGAACGCUGGAAGAAAACGAGAUUGAAGAGUUUUACAAGAUCCUGACGGAGCGGGAGGAGGUGGACGUUCUCUUCAGCGCGUACGCGGACGGGAAUGGCGUCGUGCCUGCCGAGAGCCUGCGCAGGUUCCUCCUAAAGGAGCAGAACCAGAACGUCAGCCUGGAGGGAGUGAAGUCCCUGAUACAUCUAUACGAACCGAGCGAGGAGGCCAAAAAGCAGAAUGCCCUGACUAAAGAUGGCCUCCUCCUUUACCUGCUGUCGGAGGACGGGGAUAUAUUCGAUCCAGCCCACCGCAAGGUUUACCAGGACAUGACGCAGCCUCUUUCCCACUACUUCAUCUCCUCGUCCCACAACACGUACCUGAUGGAGGACCAGCUCCAGGGUCCGAGCAGCACCGAGGCGUACAUCAGGGCGUUGUUGAGGGGUUGCCGCUGCGUGGAGCUUGAUUGUUGGGACGGGCCGAACGGAGAGCCUGUCAUUUAUCACGGUUACACCCUGACGUCCAAGAUCCUCUUCAAAGACGUCAUAACGGCGAUUAAAGACUACGCGUUUAAGACCUCCUCUUACCCCGUCAUACUUUCCCUGGAGAAUCACUGCAGCCUCGAACAACAGAUCACCAUGACCCAGCACAUGAGGAGCAUCCUCGGGGGGGCGCUCCUAACGGAACCCGUCAACGGGAAGAUUAAGGACUUCCCUUCCCCGGAGGAACUGAAAGAGAAAGUUCUGGUGAAAGGCAAAAAACUGAACAAGCUGGAGGACGGCCUGAGAAGAGGGAGCAACGGCGGCGGCGAGGCCGAGGAGGUGUCCGACGAAGACGAGGCGGCGGAAAUGGAGGACGAAACCGUGAAGUCAAAAGUACAAGAGAAAAAGGGCAAGAAGACGCUGAAGCUGGCGAAAGAGCUGUCGGACACCGUGAUUUACUGCAAGAGCGUUCAUUUCCACGGCUUCGACUACGCGGCUCAGCACCAGUCCUUCUACGAGAUGUCCUCCCUCACGGAGAGCAAGGCUCUGAAACUGGCGCAGGACUCGGGACCGAGCUUCGUGCGGCACAACGCCAAACAGCUCACGCGAGUCUACCCCGACGGCAUGAGGACCGACUCGUCCAACUACAGCGCCGUGGACAUGUGGAACGUGGGAUGUCAGAUUGUGGCUUUGAAUUUCCAAACCCCCGGCGCUCCGAUGGAUGUGUACCAGGGCCGCUUCCGGGAGAACGGGUUAUGUGGCUACGUUCUCAAGCCGGAGUUCCUGCGCCAGAGGACGUCCAAAUUUAACCCAAAGUCCAUUCAGAACGGGGAGUGGUGGACCCCAAAAACGCUCCAUGUCAUGGUGAUCUCCGGCCAACAGCUGCCAAAAGUCAACAAAAAGAAAAGCUCCAUCGUGGAUCCGUUGGUAACGGUGGAGAUUCACGGCGUGGCUCGGGAUAACGACAAGAAGAAGACGAGAGUCAUUAACAAUAACGGUUUUAACCCCGUAUGGAACGAGAGUUUCCAGUUUGAAAUCGAUGUACCGUCACUGGCGCUGCUGCGGUUUGUGGUGGAAGAUUAUGAUUCGUCGACGCGCAAUGACUUCGUUGGCCAGUUCACCGUCCCGCUCACCAGUUUACAGAUGGGUUAUCGACAAAUCCACCUUCUCACGAAGAACGGAGACCCCUACCCGUCCGCCACGUUAUUUGUACACACCGCCCUCCUAGACUGCAAGGAGUGAAGAAGAACACCUUACAUUUUAUUAUUUUUAUUUUUUUUAUAUAUAUAUAUUUUUAAGAUUUUUAGUUAAGAAAUUCAGGUCGAAACCAACGUUGGGCUUGUUUAG